CUAAACCUUUAAAGAAACUGUUUUAAAAAUAAGUCGUUAAUAUCUUAAACGCCAGACGAAAUACCCCUUGGCCAGGACCAGACCGGGCCCAGAACAUCGGGAGAGGAAGGGCACCAGCUCCCUGGAAAGUCGCCUGUUAAACAUGUUCCAGAGUUGACUGAAGAGCCAAUGAAAUGGCGGAGCAGACUCGAUGGGCCGAAUGGCCAACUUCUGCUCCUUUGUCUUAUGGAAAUGGUAUCAGCUGUGGACCUGUUGUGCCAGUAUGCAAAUUGCUGUGGAUCCAAGUCACCUCUCAGGCAUGCACUGGAAUUGAAAAUAUUGAUGAAGCUAUUACAUUGCUUGAGCAAAAUAAUUGGGAUUUAGUGGCAGCUAUUAAUGGCAUAAUUCCACAAGAGAAUGGCAUUUUACAAAAUGAGUUUGUUAGUGGUGAGACGUCACAGGAUCCAACGUUUGGAUCUACUGGUCAGUCCUCUUCCUCUUCCACUUCCUCGACCUUCUGCCCCAAAACACCAUCAAGACCAAUAGUGGAAAGGCAACCAAGAAUGUUGAAUUUUAGAGUGGAAUACCGUGACAGAAAUGUGGAGGUGGUAGUUGAAGAUACCAACACAGUUGGUGCUAUCAAGCAAAUUUUAGAAAAUGAGCUGCAGAUUCCUGUACCACAAAUGCAGUUAAAAGGUUGGAAGUCAGCAGAUGUAAAUGACAGUACUGUUCUGAGGUCUCUGCACUUACCUAAGAAUAAUAGCCUUUAUGUUCUCACACCUGACAUAGCUCAACCAGGAUUAGAUGGACCAGCAACAAGUCAGUCAAGUGCCCUACAGGAAUCAUUAAAUGAAAACUUCAUGCUGAUCAUUACGCAUCGAGAAGCCCAACGGGAUUAUAGCCUAAACUUUCCGGGCACCAGAACUGUGCAAGAGGUAAAGCGUAACAUAUUUGACCUCACAAACAUUCACGUCCGCCAUCAGGUAUGGGAAGGUUGGCCUGCUGCUGCCGAGGAUGAUUCUGUUACUUUAGCUGCUGCUGGACUCAAUUAUCCCUGCCAUCGACUAACAGUUAGUAAAAGGCCGUCACCUACACAAACCCGAGAGCAAUCUGAAGAGUGCACUGAUGUUCACAUGGUCAGUGACAGCGAAGGAGAUGAUUUUGAAGAUGCUACUGAGUUUGGAGUUGACGAUGGUGAACUUUUUGGCAUGAUUUCUUCUGGAUCAAAAAAAUCCCCAAUGAUGCCUGAUGACGCUGAAAAUGAGGGAGAUGCCUUAUUACAAUUUACUGCAGAAUUUUCUUCAAGAUAUGGUGAUUGCCAUCCUGUAUUCUUUAUUGGAUCACUUGAGGCUGCCUUUCAAGAAGCAUUCUAUGGAAAAGCCAGAGAUAGAAAGCUACUCGCCAUCUACCUCCAUCAUGAUGACAGUGUUCUUACAAACGUAUUCUGUUCCCAACUACUGUGUGCUGAAUCUAUUGUCUCCUACCUCAGUCAAAAUUUUAUCACUUGGGCAUGGGACGUGACACGAGAAGCUAACAGAGCAAGGAUUUUGAGCAUGUGCACAAGGCAUUUUGGAAGUGUUGUGGCACAGACAAUUCGGACAUAUAAAACAGAUCAAUUUCCACUUCUACUUAUUAUAAUGGGAAAAAGAUCAUCAAAUGAAGUUUUGAAUGUGAUUCAAGGUAACACAACAGUAGAUGAUUUAAUGAUGCGGCUGAUGAAUGCCACGGAGAUCUUUGCAGCUCAACAACAAGAGGAUAUAAGGGAUGAGGAUGAACGUGAAGCAAGAGAAAAAGUAAAACGAGAGCAAGAUGAAGCAUACAGAGUUUCUCUGGAAGCAGAUCGAGCUAAGAGAGAAGCACAAGAAAGAGAAAUAGCAGAGCAGGUGCGUCAAGAACAGAUUCGAAAAGAACAAGAAGAAGAACGAGAGGCUAUUCGAUUGUCCCUUGAGCAGUCAUUACCUCCAGAGCCAAGAGAGGAGAGCAAUGAACUUGUCAGUAAGCUACGAAUCAGAACACCACGUGGGGAAUUCUUUGAACGACGUUUCUUAGCAAGCAACAAACUCCAAGUUGUCUUUGAUUUUGUGGCUUCCAAAGGCUUCCCAAAAGAUGAGUAUAAACUGCUGAGCACCUUCCCCAGAAGAGAUGUAUCUCUGUUUGACCCAACUGAAACAUUGCUGGAGGUGAAACUCUAUCCUCAGGAAACUCUCUUCCUGGAAGCAAAGGAAUGAAUUCAUCCAUGGGACUCCGGCUUCCGAGAUAGUUGAUAAAAGCUCAGCAUAAGUCUGAAAGCUGCAAGAUCCACUUUUUGUUUUGUCCAGCUACAUGCCACAACUAUCUGCCUCUUUUAAAAGCCCAAAAUCAACAUCAUCAUUGUAAAAUGCCUGUAUGCUGCCAACCUCACAAGAAAUGUAGAUGUUUACAAAGAUAUAUAGGAGGAAAGCAAUCUGUGACGAACACUGACUUACAACCUUCACACUAUUCUGGCCUAUGUUUAUUCAUCAAUGCACUAUUCAAAAGUGAAGUAAAUAUAUUAGUUAGAAUUGGUUUCUCUGUACCCAUUCAACUACAAAAUCUGUAAUUGAACCAGUUUUUGGAACAAGUGCUAUGAUUUGAAAUUCUGUAUUUGUUUUAAUUCAAUACAUACUUGAGACAAUGCUCGUAAAUGUGCACAAUUCCAUGUCUGGAUUUCUACUUAAAGCCUAAUUUAUGAUGUCACAGUAGGCAUAGAGUUAUUCUUGGCCAUUGAGAUUUAAUGCAAUAAUUUGGAAAGUAUGAUUUUCAUACAGCACGACUUUCUUAUUUGGUUUACAACUUCAGUAAAAUGUAAGUGGGAUAUAAUUUUCCAUUUGUAGCCAUCUUUUAUAAUGAGCCUGUCCUUUUAGGUGGUUACAGAAUUAAAUAGUUGUGAGUUUAUAUUACUACCAUCAGAAAAGGUCAGGAAUAAAGUGGUGUGGAUGAAAGACUAGUCAAGAAUUUUAUAAUUGAAACAUAUCCUGAGAUUAAUCUAAACUUUUGCCAAUGUUUUUGGUUUCCUGCAUUGUAUGCCUCAUGGAUCAUGUAGUCUUUAUUGGUUAUCCAUUCCUCCCCAUAAUGCAUUCUAUUCUCAAAAGACAUAAAGCACUGAGGAAGAUUGAUUGCUUUUGUUUCCUUCUACAAGCUAUACACUGAGAAAAGAGUUUCAAUAAAGAAAUUUCUAUCACAAUUCAGGGCCCCAGACGGUCCUUCCAAGUGAGGGGACACUUCAUCUGCGAGUCAAUCAGAGUCAUCUUGUUUCAGGUGUGGCCUCCUCUACAUUGGUAAGAUCCAAUGAAGAAUGAGGGACUACUUAGUCGAACAUCUUCACUCUGUUCAACACAAAAGGCAAGAUCUCCCUGUGGCUAUCCAUUUCAAUUCAACUUCCCAUUCACGUUCUGACAUGUCUGGCCAUAGCCUCCUUUACUGUCAUGAUGAGGUCAAACUCAGCUUGCAGGAGCAACACCUUAUAUUUCAUCUGAGUAGCCUCCAACCUGGUAGCAUGAGCAUCCAUUUCAUCCACUUCCAGUAAUUUUUCCUCCUCACCAUACUUCCUCUUUUUCCAUUUCCCCAUUUUGGUUACCCUCUCACCUCUUCAGUUCGCCUGCCCAUCACCACCUCCUUCAGCUCUUUAUCUUUCCGCCUAUCACCUCCCAGCUUCUUCAAUCCCUCUCUCCCUCACCUACACACUUUACCCCUCACUUAUUACCUGCUGGCUUGUACUCCUUCCACUCCUGCCACAUUUUUAUUGCGGCCUUUGUCUCCUUCCUUUCCAGUCGUGAUGGAAAUUCUCAGCCUGAAACAUCAACUGUUUAUUCCCCACCAUAACUCCUGCCUGUCUUGCUGAGUUCCUCCAGCAUUUUGUGUAUUUCCCUUAAUUAAGAAUGUUUUAAUUUAGGUUAGAAGAUGUGACAGAUUGAAUGCAGCAUAAAUUAACAUGACUGAAGUCAAAAAAAAAAAUCCAAAUUUGAAGAUGUGAAAUAGGAUGUGAUUGUAGGCUGUGAGAAGGAUGCAGAAGGCUUCAGGGAUAUAGACAGGUUAAGAAAAUAGACAAUAGCAUGACAGAUGUAACAUAAUAUGGAAAAAAACAUGAAAAUAGCACAUUUUUACAUGGGAGUUAUAAAAUGUGUUGGUAUUCAGGGGGACGUGGGUAACCUUGUACGCUAACCACUGAAAGAUCAAGUAGGUACAGCAAGUUCUUAGGAAAUCAAACAGAUUAUUGGUCUUAAUUGCAAAUGAAUUUCUGUCCAGAAAUAGAAGCUUCUUCCUCCAUUUAUGAAGGGCACUGGUGAAAUAGCAUUAGCAAAGCGUGCUGGUAUGGCCUUCAGGUAGGUGCAGGAUAUAAUUGUAGUUGUGGAGAUGCAGUGACAAUUCUGCAGAUUGAUUGCUGCAAUGUUGGGUUUGUCAUAUGAGGAGAGGUUAAGCAGAUGGGACCUAUACACUGGUAUGAAAUGAGAACACCAAUCAAACCAAUGCUAAAAGAAGUCAUCAGUGGCAGGUACCUGUUCUGAAUUCCUACCCUCCCCACUGCUGAGCACAUAAUAAAUGGAGCGGGAGUAGGUCAUUAGGCCCUUUGAGUCUGUACUAUCAUUCAUUAAAAUCCUGGCUGGUAGCCACAUGCUGCUAGACUGGGAACCUGUGUGCCAGAGAUCCACUGUGAAGUCCCACCCUCCCUGCAGAUAUAGUGGAAACCUAGGUUGUUAAUGAGAGAUUGGGGUGGGGGGGGGGGAUGGGGAUGGAAACAGCAAUGUCCCAUCAAAUCCUCACUCACUGUGCCAGCCAGGGUAGAGCUGUGUGCCUCACGUCUCAGUGCUGAGUAUCAUGGCAUGCUUGCAUAGAGGUAAGGGCAUGUGCUUCAAUUUGGACAUCAAGGAUCCAAGCAUGGAGUGACAAAGGAAGGAUUAAGAGGAUGUACAGCAACUCAUGUUCCUAACAUAGCAAGGAGUGCCCAGCUUUUCAAACUAGCAGAUUUUUAAAGUGUAGUUGGGCAGGUACAGAUGCAAAGAAAGUUGUGAACCUGUUUUCUGCAUUGGAUACUCAUAAAAUUUGGUCUGAUCUUCAACUACAUCACGUUAAUAAGCAAACACAAUCUGCCUAAACUAAUAACACACAAACAAUUUAAGCAAUCACAGUCAGGUUCAAAAAAGUAGGUGUACCUCUGGGAUAAUGCCUUCUACAAAAGCUGUUUGAAGUCAUGUGUUGCAGUCAAUGAGAUGAGAUUGGAGGUGUGGACUGUAGAGGUGCCCUACCCUAUAAAAAAGGCACACAAAGUUAGAUUACUGAUGGAGCCUGCUCUUCUCAAGAAAGAUCUGUUAAUGUGCACCCCAUGCUUCGAUCAAAACAACUUUCAGAAGACCUUAGAAAAAGAAUUGUAGUGAUGCAUAAAGCUGGAAAAGGCUGCAAAAGCAUUUCUAAAGGCCUUAGUGUUCAUCAGUCCACAGUAAUUAAUACUGUUGCUACUCUCCCUAGGAGUGGACUCUUGCAACAUCACACCAAGAACAUAACAUGCAAUGCUGAAGGAAGUGAAAAAGAACCCAAGGAUUACAGCAAAAGACCUGCAGAAAUCUUCUAGCACUUGCUAAAGUCUCUGUUUAAUGUGUCCACUUUAAGAAAAAACACUGAACACGAAUGGUGUUCAUGGAGGAAACUACUGGUCUCAAAAAAAAAAUUGCUGCACGGCUCAAGUUUACAAAAGACCACCUGGAUGUUCCACAACACUUCUGGGGCAAUGUUCUGUGGACAGAAGAGACAAAAGUUGACCUUUUCGGCAGAAAUGCGCACUGCUGUGUUUGGAGGGAAAAGGGCACUGCACAUCAACACCAAAACCUUAUCCCACUGUGAAGCAUGGUGAAAGAGCAUCAUGGUUUGGGGCUGCUUUGCUGCCUCAUGGCCUCAAUGGCUUACAAUCAUUAAGGGAACAAUGAAUUCAAAGUUGCAUCAAGACAUUUUACAGGAGAAUAUCAGGGUUGUGGUCCAUCACCUGAAGCUUAAUAGAAGUUGAUGCAAUAAGACAAUGACCUGAAACACAGGAGUAAAUCAUCAACAGAAUGGUUUAAAAAGAAGAAAAAUGUUGUUUUGGAAUGGCCAAGUCAGAGUCCAGACCUUAAUCAAAUUGUGAUGCUGUGGCAUGACCUGAAAAGGGUUAUUGAUGUAAAGUAUCCCAGAAAUAUUGAUGGAACGGAAACAGUUUUGUAUGGAGGAAUGGCCUAAAAGUCGUCCUCACUGUUGUGCAAGUCUGAUCAGCAACUACAGGAAACAUUUGGUGGAGGUUAUUGCUGCUAAAGGAGGUUCUACCAGUUCUUAAAUACAAGGGUUCACAUACUUUUUCCAGCCUGUACUGUGAAUGAUUAAACAAUGUGUUCAAUAAAGACAUGAAAAGUACAAUUAUUAGUGUGUUAUUAGUAUAGGUAGAUUCUGUUUGUCUAUUAUCUUGAUUCCGAUGAGGAUUAUAAGCAAUUAAUACAGAAAAACAGGUAAUUGCAAAGGGUUCACAAACUUUUUCUUGCAACUUUACGUCUGAGUGAAAAACCAAACUUCAGGGGGUACUCAGCAAGUCGAGCAGUAUCAGUACAAGGUCUGAACCAGAAAUGUUGACAGUCUCUUGCAAUCCACAGUCGCUGCUUAACCUACUGAGGUUCUUUUAUUUGCUCUAGAUUCCUUUACGUACAGUCUUGUGCCUCCAUGUUCUUGUAACUAUUCAACUAAAGAACCAUGAACAUUAUUAUGAAUCAGCACUCUGCACACUUAUUAGUUAUGAAGAAUGAGAGGAGAAUUCUAGGAAACCUCAGAAAAUCCUUACAGGACUUGAUAGAGUUGAUGGAGGGAAGAUGUCUCUUGGUGGCUGAUUGCCUGAAAAUAAGGUGUCAACCAUUUAAGCACAGAAAUAAGAAAGUUUCUGAUGUGGAUGGCCUUUAGAAUUCUCUACCCAAGAAGGUUGUGGAGGUUCAGUUACUGAGUACGUUCAACACAGAAGUGGAGAAAUUACUUGGAUAUUAAAGGAAUUGAGGGAUAUGGUGUUAGUGGAGAAAAGUGGCACUCAAGUUAAAGAUUAGGCAUUAACUUACUGUGAACGGUGGAGUAGGAACAAAGAGCUGAAUCACCUACUCGUUCUGUUUUUCGUGUUUUUAAUUGUGAAAUAAAUAUCAAAGAGUCAUGGCUACAAACCUUCAAUAUGUUGUAUAAGUAAAUAUAACAUCAGGUAUAAUUUGGUGCCCUCAUUGGAAUGUUUGCAGAUGAUACCAAAAACUGAGAAAUAAAUAACUCAUGAGAGAAUGUGGAGACCAAUCAAGGAAAAUGGUUGGUAGGUGACACAUAAUGUUUAAUAACAAAGAGAUGAUGCCUUUUGAGAACAAGAAUAUAUAUCAUCAAAAUUCCUUCUAAGCAAAGCAGCUAUAAAAUGUAAACAACAGGAAUUCUGCAGAUGCUGGAAAUUCAAGCAACAUACAUCAAAGUUGCUGGUGAACGCAGCAGGCCAAGCAGCAUCUAUAGGAAGAGGCGCAGUCGACGUUUCAGGCCGAGACCCUUCGUCAGGACUAACCUAUAAAAUGUGUUGGGAUUAAAGAAACUGCCGAGUCAGGCGUUGUUGCUACGAUGUUAACAUGACAGCUACAUCAGUAACCAAAAGGCUGAAUGCCUGGAGUUAACAUGUAUGUUAUCACUUCAGUAUUUAUUGGCAGAUCUGGUACUGAAAUUUAUUUGCUUUUAAAUUAACUAUCUUUUUAAUUAAGUUUUAUCCAGAGAGGGGUGGCAUUUAUAUGAUAUAUCAUAUAAAUUGUUAAUUCCUCAUUUUCAAGGCUCUACACCACAUAGGAAUGAAUGCAAAUCCUGCAACCAUGUUUAGGCCCCUGUUGACAAAUACAAAGAUUGUCCUAGUAUGGAUUUAUGAAAAUGAAGUAAUUCCAGAUUAUAAUAUUUGAACAGUCAAUGAGAUGCAAAUAUCUAAAGAGUGAAAAUUUACAGGUGCUGAAAGUCCAGUAUGUUGAAAUUACAGAGAUCAUAUAGCAUUAAUUCUGCUACUCUCUACAGAAAAAGAAGAAAUUAGGAAUGGGUACUCACCAGGGCACUGGGAUUUACAUGAAAUGUAAUAACAUACUGUACUACAUUAUUAUGGAGUAUAAUUAGCUACUUGAGUGAAUCAUUGAUACGACCUAGCAAAAAUAUUCUGUUGAAAAUAUCCACAACUCCUGGCCCUCAAGUUUCAUUACAAAUUUCUAAUCAAUCUUCUAUCAUAUACAGACAAAAAGGUAUGUACUUGUUGGAAGUUGUGAUUUUUAUUCUCAUUCAUUGUUUUGUCAUAUUGUGCCAGUAUUCUUGUGUGUAUUCAGGUAACUAAAAUUCAUAAACCUAUAAAUGCUGAAGAGAGUUGAACUAUGAAAAGAGCUGGACUAUUCACAUCUAUACUCAAGUCCUUGUACCUAUGUGCAGUAGAAAGCAUUCUAACAUGCAGCACUACCGCGUGGCAUGGAAUUCUCACUGUGAUGACAGGAAGGGCCUAUAAUGGGUAGUCAAAAUUGUCCAGCAAAUCACCAGCACCAGCCUACCCGCUAUCAAGGACAUAUAUAUAGAAAAGGGCCAGUAACAUAAAGGAUCCUGCUCACCUGGCUCAUGGACAAUUUGUCCCAUUCCUAUCAGGGAGAAGGCUAUGGGACCAUCCAAGCCAGGACCACCAGACUUAAAAACAGUGACUUUCCCCAAGCAGUAAGGCUGAUCGAUUCCUCCACCCACCAACCCACCCCUCCACACCCCCAGCCACUAUUACAUCAUUUUCUGUCAGUCUCCUUAUGUACCGACACUCCUGUGCUUAGUGUCAUGUUAUGGACAUACAAACAAUCAAUCUGUGUACAUAGCUAUCUUAUGUAUUUAUAUGUAUUGUGUUUUUUAUUAUUGUGUCUUUUUCCUGUGCUGCAUCAGAUCUGGAAUAUCAAUUAUUUAAUUCUUUGCACUUGUGCACUGGAAAUGAUGUUAAACAUUAAACAUUACAUUACAUAGCCCAAUUAAUGUUCAACAGCCUUAGCAUUCAUAGAGAUCUAGUGAUGCAUAUUGGACACAGGUGAACGGACUCCAAUGCAACCUUAACCAGUCCUGUUUCUUGUUAGGAAUCACUGGAUAAUUGGGUGAAAUAAUUAGCAAUCAAAGAGAUACAAAUGUCUGGAGUAUUUAUUGAGAAACUAUACUCAGUGGCCUCUUCAUUAGUACCUAAUAAAAUGGCCACUGAGUGUAUGUUGAUAGUACUUUACUGCUGUCGUCCAUCCAUUUCAAGGUUCAAUAAGUUGGGUGUUCAGAGAUAGUCUUCUGCACACCUCUGUUGUAACACAUGGUUAUUUGAGUUACUGUUACCUUCCUGUCAGCUUGAAUCAGCCAUUUUCCUCUGACAUCUCCCAUUAACAAGACAUUUUCACCCACACUGCCGUUCACUGGAUGGUUUUUGUUCUUUGCACAAUUCUCUGUAAACUCUAGAGACUGUUGUGUGUGAAAAUCCCAGGAAAUCAACAGUUUCUGAGAUACUCAAACCACUCCAUCUGGCAUCAGCGAAAAAUCUAUGGACAAAGUGACUUAGAUCAUGUUUCUUCCCCAUUCUGAUGUUUGGUUUGAACAACAACUGAACCUCUUGACCAUGACUGCAUAAUUUUAUGCUUUGAGUUGCU